AUGGAACGCAUUAUACGUGUUCCCUAUGGUUUGUACCAGGGAUAUGGGAACACAGUGGCAUUUGGCCAGGCUGGACUCUCUGAGCACAAACACCCAGACUGGAGGCAAAACGCUGGCCCUCCCACUUUCCUGGCCAGACCAGGGCUAUUGGUGCCUGCGAAUGCCUCUGACUAUUGUAUGGACGCUUACAAGAGGGCACAGCUUAAGGCUAUUCUUUCCCAGAUGAACCCCAGCCUGAGCCUACGACUGUGCAAAGUCAAUACUAAGGAGAUGGGUGUGCAGGUGAGCCCUCGGGUAGAUAAGUCAGUGCAGUGCUCCCUGGGGCCCCGAACCUUGCGCAGCCACUCUGUCUGGAGCAGUACAAGCCACAAAACACCCCUGCCUGCUUGGGGAGUCUAUUCACCAUCGAUGGGACAUAGAGGCUUGAUUCGGCAGAGGAAGGAUGAAGAAGACAAGGAAAAGAUGCUUUCCACUCCUACUGAAGCCAGGCAACUGCAGUUGGCACAAACACCAAGGUUGGAGGAGGACAAGCAGGAAAAACUCAAGCAGCACGAUGAUUUGGGGGAGGAAGAUGCCUCCAGUUCUCCAGAAAGGAAGAGCAAGCAGGAACAAGUGGUUGCCACUCAUCAGCUUGGAAAAUCCAACUUCCAGUUUUUGGAACCAAAAUAUGGCUAUUUUCAUUGUAAAGAUUGUAAGACCAGAUGGGAGAGUGCUUUUGUGUGGUGCAUUUCUGGAACUAAUAAGGUUUAUUUCAAACAACUCUGUUGCAAAUGCCAAAAGAGCUUUAACCCUUACCGAGUAGAAGCGAUCCAAUGUCAGACCUGUUCAAAGUCUCCUUGUUCCUGUCCUCAGAAGAAAAGACAUAUCGACCUGAGGAGACCUCAUCGACAGGAAUUGUGUGGUCGCUGCAAAGACAAGAGAUUUUCCUGUGGCAAUAUUUACAGCUUUAAAUACAGCAAGUCAUUAUGA